AUGACCUUGACUCUUGUUCAACUGAAAAAUAUACUUAGAACAUUGAAACAUAAACGACCCAAAAAUAUAUCAAUUAUCAAGCAAGUUUAUAAUAUUCAGUACCUCACUAACAAUGCGCUUAGAAGGGAUAGAACUGAGAUGCAACAACUCUUGAAAUUGUUGGAUGAUAACAGUUAUGUGUCUAGGUACCGAAUGUGUGAGGAUGAAUUUACUAUUAGAGAUAUAUUUUGGACUCAUCCUAAUUCUAUAAAGUUGUUUAACAAGUUUCCUACGAUGUUCAUACUUGAUUCAACCCACAAGACCAACAAGUAUAGAUUGACCUUAUUGGAGAUGGUUGGUGUUACCUUAACUGAGAAGACAUAUUCUAAUGGUUUUGCAUUUCUUGAGUAUGAAAAAAAGGACAACUUUACUUGGGCCUUAGAGGUGUGUCGGGCACUGUUGAAGAUCCAAGGUGAGAUGCCUAAAGCAAUUGUUACCGAUCGUGAUACCACAUUGAUGAAUUCAGUUGCAAAGUUAUUUCAUUAUUCUAAUGAAUUACUUUAUUAG